CUAUUAUUAUGUGAUGUGUGUACUGUGUAAAGAAAGAAAUAAAUUAUCAAGUGUUUAAAAUUUCUUUUCAAUAUACCUCAUAGCAGAUCAAUACUAUAUGCGACACAGUUUAGUAAAUUUUUACACUACAGCAAAUCAAUACAGUAAGCUUAAACUUCAUUCCAAAGUGUUUGUUUAUCAAAAUAGGUAAACAACAGCCGAAAAAACUAGAUGAUUUGAGUGUACCUCGAUCGCCAUUACUAUGGGCAUUAUUAAAUUAACGGUGCAAAGUGUGUGACUGUGUCAAUGCGUAAUUCGUGUAGGAGUAUCCAUUCUUGAAGGUUUGCUUAUUUAUUUGUAAAAAGAACAUAAUUUUCUUUCAAUUUUGGCGGGAGUCCUGGCACGUUGUACUGUAGUUGUCGAAUGGCGAUCUGUCACCUGUCGCCUCCUGGCUUCAUCGACGCCGAUAUAAGUUCAUGUUUCAGUGGUUCUCAGUAAAAUUAGCAGUGCAAUAGUGAAAUUCCUGGUGCGUAAUCCAUGUGGACAUUCGACGAUGCGUCGCGAUUAGGCGGGUCGGAUAUGGAUAGUAGGCGAGCGUGCCCAAGCUACGAAGCCGGGUUAGACGUGUGCGAUCCCUUGGGCUCAGUCCUGGAUUGGUCUAGCCGAGAGCCAGCACGCAUAUUACGGCGUCGGUGCCGUAGUGAGGGUAUAGACCGUUCGCCUUAUGAAGAUGUAAGUCGCGAGGUAAACCGCUCUGCGGACGGUAACUGUCGAUAUCAUCGAGCCCUGCCCAACAAGAGCCAUUUCACGUUGAAUAACAGCGAGCCACAGUACGCAGCUGCACGGUUUCGACACGAGUGCUCGCUACCAGCUGCCGAGAACGGCGACUACGUUAUGGCCCACGAGCACGACAGGUUCUAUGGUUACCAGCCAGGAAGAUCAAAAUUAUACCGAAAAAGUCCUACCAGACCAUUAUUAGUAACAACAUUAUCCAAUACUAAAGUUGAUGACCGAUUACCGAAAGUUGAAGAACUACUAGAAAAAGUUGAUCAAGAAAUGAUGGAAGUGCAGGCAACAAAACAGCCUUUGAAAUCAAUACUCAAUAACCCAUUACCUAAUUCACCACUUCAUGGUAUACUCAAGAAACCCAAAAACAGGCCACAGCCAGAUUCUAAAUGUAUGAUGGAAGGACGCAGAAGACAAAGAGCGGCUAGCGAAUCUGACAAUUUGUUCUGCAGUUAUAAUAGUAUUGGAUCUCCAAUGGCAGGCUAUGAUAACCGUUUAUCAUACCUCUCAACAAACACGAAACGCGCCAAAGACAACUCGGGAAUCGGCUAUUCGUACGGAUCGGCCGUCGCUAGCCUCGGCAGCGGAGCGACCCCAAAAAGUCCUACCAGAAGUCACUCUAGCGGUACUAAACAGUUUCGUGGACGCAAAGAUCAAAUGGUGAUAAAGGAAGAUCAUGAUAUGCAUUUAUUGAGAACCACGGCUAUCAACGAAACUGUUCGUGUUGAACCUGUAAUGGAUAUGCCACGCCAAGACACGCCCACUCCCACGUGCCCAGCGGUGAGCCCAGCGCUACCUGUAAGUUCAGUGACCACGAUACCCGUCGCAAAGAAAGCCCUCAAAGUCAAGAAAAAAUUGAAGACAGCCAAGCCUAAAUGUACCAAGAUGAAGACAGGAAGUAACACCGACUGCUGCGUUCACGAUUUGGAGACCGACGAUGGACUCAGCAGAUCUCCAUCACCAGACCCCUUGAUGGAUCACUGGCAGAUGGACACUGAUGCGGCUUUAGCGGAGUUAGAGAUCAUGCAAGAACCGGCUUUGCCUUCAACGGCCAAGAAAGACGAGGAGAAUCUCACGCUAGUCACCAAACUGUCUAGCAAGCUCAAUGGAACCGUUGUUACCCCUAAGAAAACACAUUCAAAGGAAUCACCAGUACACCUACCGGAGUCAGUGGCAAGUUGUCUCCGACCCUCACUAUUCCCUCGAGUCCCUCCCUACCUCAAAUUCAUAGGCCAUGAAGAGAGCCCCUGUCUCAAGAUACCUCUGCCAAUACAAAAACAUCUGAAGUGGAAGUUGACUACAAUUACUCCGAUAGUUGUGAAGAAGACGCUAACAAAUUCUGGUUUUCGGUUGGUAAAGAGCGAGUGUGAUACUGCUGAGUGUCCACAAGAAGAGACAAUAGAAUGGAUUGGUAUUUGGGGCAAACACAUGAAGUCAAUAAUGUUCAGAGCGAUCAAAGAUGGACAGAAAAUGAACCAUUUCCCUGGGACCUUUCAAAUCGGUCGCAAAGAUCGGUUGUGGAGAAAUUUACAGAAAUUGGUCGCCAAGUAUGGGAUCAGUGAGUUUGGUAUAAUGCCGAAGACUUACGUGUUGCCUCACGAUAUGAAAUUGCUGAAGCACGACUGGGAGAAAUAUGCAGCUAACAACGAACGAUGGAUUAUCAAACCGCCGGCAUCAGCACGCGGUACUGGCAUCAAAGUAGUAUCUAAAUGGACACAAAUCCCCAAGAAGCGGCCCGUAGUUGUGCAGCGAUACGUGUCGAAGCCUUACCUUAUAAACGGCAACAAAUUCGACCUCCGGCUGUAUGUACUCGUAACGUCAGUACACCCUCUCCGGAUAUAUUUGUAUAAGGAUGGACUGGCCAGAUUUGCUUCAGUUAAGUACAACGACGAGUUAGCAUCGUUGAACGAUAGGUAUAUGCAUUUGACAAAUUACUCUAUCAAUAGAUUGUCUAAGAACUACACGCCGAAUGAGGACUUCGCCGCCUGCGAGGGACAUAAAUGGACACUACAAACGUUAUUACAAUACUUGAAAUCUGAGAAGCGUGUAGACACAGACAGCUUAUGGAAUGCCAUGAAGGAUCUUGUUAUAAAAACAAUUAUAUCAGGAGAAGCAAGCAUCAGCUCAUUGACCAAAGCCAAUAUAACUUCGAGGUACAAUUGCUACGAACUAUUUGGUAUUGACGUCUUGCUGGACGAAGAUCUCAAACCUUGGCUAUUGGAGGUGAACAUAUCUCCGAGCUUGCACAGCGCGUCACCCCUGGACAUCCACGUGAAGGGUCCGCUAGUGACCACCGUCCUCAACAUCGCGCAGUUCCAAGUUCCUGUAAAGACCAACCUCGAUAUGCUUUCCAAGGAUAAACCACAUAAACUGUCGGGGCUGCCAUACGACAGCCGGUUGUAUACUGUGUACCUGUCUAAAGAAGAAAGAGAUAAGCAUAUAAUAUAUACUAAUAUGGAGGAUCGAGAAUUGUACCUGCGAGACAUUCUAUCAACAUUGACGCCGGACGACGUGCGUCACCUCAUCCAGUCGGAAGACGAGCUGACGCAGUCGGGCGACAUGGAGAGGAUAUUCCCGACGCCCGACACACACAAGUACUUAGGCUUCCUGGCCGGACCUAGGUACUACAACAGACUGUUCGACGCCUGGGAGACGAGAUACGGCCGGAAUCGGGAACCGGGAUUGGAGCUACUGCGCAACCUGUGUGACAUCGGCUACCACCUGGAAGUGCCCCCGGUGCCGCUGAAGCCGGCGCCCCCGCUGAGCGCGUUGGAUGGUUGCAGAAUGAUGUGGAUGCGCCGUCCCCGGCCCCGUCGGAGCGCGCGUCCGUGCCGUCCCUCACGUCGCUGGAGCACGGAGGCGGCGCGUCGGACGGGUCGGGCCCGGGCGUGGGGCGCGCGUGCGGGCCGCUGGCGGGGCUCGGGCCGCUCGGGCCCCUCGGGCCGCUCGCCCUGCCCACCCUCGAGCCGCGCGCCUAGCCCCCGCCGCAAGCCCGCCACCGACCUCAACGAGAACUGCUGCGCGCCCGCGUCGGAAGGGCCCCCUUGCUGAUCGUUAUGGACCUCUAGAGCCUCUGAACUCGAGUGAAAGCUUUCCGAGCUUAUUACCUAACGGAUUAUCGUCGUAAUAGUUGCCGUUUUAGCGUGUAUCCGAUGUGUUUCGACAACUUUGAUGAUAUCGUUUGUGUAGAUGGUGUUGGUGCUCAACCGUUUGUCGUAGUGAAGAUGAUAAUAUUUAUUUUCGACUAACACGUGAUAGACCUUCGCUAGGCAGUAGGAGCCGGCCGCGCAGCCGACGGUCUAUUCAGAGUUGUCGACUGAUAUGUGUUAAUUCUCCAAUUUUGUCGUCGUUUCUCGACUCGAUAUUACUUUAAAUCACAUUCCUGCUCAUGACCUUUGCACGUCUUAAGAUAUACCUAAUGUAACAAAAGUUCUAACGUUAAAAUCUUAAAAAUAUAGCAAAAUUUGUAAAUCUUUGAACAGGAGUGAUAACUGUAUUAGUGUUCAAAAUCUGUAGUCCGUUGAGUGUAGGCGUUUGUAAACUGGCUAUUAUUUACGUAAUUGUAGUUUAAGGAGUGUCGAAGUCUGCGCUCAACGAGCUCAAUGCGAAUGUCAACUUUAGAAGGUAUUUGAAAACGAAGAAAUUUUUAAGUAAAAUGUAGCCUUAUCCUACCUAUUUGUUUUAGGAUGACUGAAAUAAAAUUUCUGACAUGCUUGAUAUAGAGAAAACUGUUUUUUUUGUAACACAGGACAAAUAAUAAUGAAUAACAUUAAUUAUUAUCGAAGGACGUUACAAAUUCAUUCAUUCAGAAAUUAUAUUUCAGCCAGUAUUCCGAGACUGAUAGAAUUGUUAGCAUUAAUUAAUUAUUUUUAAUUUUGUUUAAAUUCAUUUCUAAGUAUGUGCGUUCUAUCAGUCUUUGUGCCGUGUACACCCAGGUAAACUUUAAAAAAAAUUAAACGAAUAUAUAUUUUUUAAUUAAAUGAAUUGUAAAAUUAUCAAUUAUGGUUAGCUUGAAUGGUUUGCUCCAGUUUAACCUGCGUGUAUAUAUGCGACCUUUUAGGAACGUUUCCCUUAUGCUGGUGAAUAGAAAAAAAAUGAGAUUCUAAAAGUGUAAUGUAUGUAAUUCCCAAAUUACAAUGUGUUCAUUGUAUACCUAGAGUUUGCUAGAUUAGCGCGUAUAAGCUCGUAAUGUCUUCGAGUCGUGUUCAAAGUAAAGAAUCGAUAAAAAUCGAUGUAUAUUAUCUUAGUAAAUGUAAUCGAUUUCUGAUUAGUAUCGAUGAUGUUUCCAUUCCUUUAUAAGAAAAACAUUAACAAUAAUCUCGAUUAUGAAUAAUUCAUUUUCCAGUGUAUUUUUGGAAAUAUUAAAAUAGUUGUUUAUUAUCUCGGAGAUACGUUUUAAUUGUAAUGAUUAAAUUAUUUUCAGUGUAACAAUAAAUCGGUUGACACGUCAGAUUAUUUGAUUGCGAUUCCCUUCGUCGACUGCUGUCUUUUUUUAUUAUUUUAUGCGAUUAAUUGCGGUCUUUUUUAAAUCUGUAUUUAAUUUUUUACUUUAAUUUGUACUCUACUCGAACAAAUACAACAGAAUGUGACAUUG